CGAUAAUAUGUAUGUGGGUAUUAUUUUUAUGCUUGUCAAAUUAAAAUAGUGUAACUCAGCAUGUGGGCGGUAAAUGUAUAACAGCAAAAAGAAAAAACUAUAUUUUUUUUUUGAACCAUAGUUAAGAACGCGACGCCUGAAAUGAUUUAAUCACAGCUGGAGGAAAUCAUUCGAGAGUUAGUGAUAUUGUAUUAACGUAACAAGACAAUGUUAUCAAGAAUUGUGUUAGCUAAGUAUCCAAUGUAUUUCAAUGAUCACAUAAUUUUUUUUUCAUUUUUAUAGCCUAAACUUACAAAUAUGGAUCUUCAAUAAUUAUAAAAAAAAAUGAACCUAGAUAUCCUACGGAAGGGAAUUUCAGCUUGAAUAUACAAGAUACAAGAAAAUGUACAAUAAUACGUAUACCCUUACAGUAAGCUGUAACUGCGUGUAUAGAUUACUCGAUCAUAAGGUGAUACUUAAAGAAAAACUUCAUGGUUGACCAAAUAAAAUCAUUGUUCGUUGUCAUAUUUUAUAUUAACAAAAAUCUUCAAACGAUUUUGGUGAAUGCGAUGGACCCCCAUUUGCUUAUAUCUAUUCUGAUCGAUAUAAUGGAUUCCAUGAAUAUUAAUAAUUUUAAAAAUUAUCUUCUUUACCCUCAGUGGGGAAAAUUAAGAAAUGGAUUACAUAUUAUUGAUGGAAGUCGUGGAGAAAUUACAAUGGACCAACUGUUUGAUAGAUUUACUGAAAAAGAUUUUGUUACACCUCAAAAUCUGAAUGAUAAAGUAAGACAAUUUUAUUUAUUGUUGAGUUGCAAUCUCUCUAUGAGAUUAUUAACAUAUACAGACUUAUUAAAUUGUAAAUGGACUGAAUGUAAAAAACUUGCCCAUAAAGGAAAAUGUAGUUACAAAAAUAUAGUGGGAGAUUUCAUGUCUUUGACAAACUUCAUUGUAGAUUGGCCGAGUGGAUUUCAAGUGUUUUCGAAACUUACUAAAUUGAAAUUUAAAAAAUACCUUAAUUCUUACAUUAGCAUUGUGGAUGAUUUAGCUUCAUUUUAUCAUAGCGACAAAUAUAUAGAUAAUAAAAUUAGUGAGUUAUAUUCCAACAUUCGUACUUUUAUGAAAAAAAAAUGCAGACCAAUACAGCCAAUUCCAUCAGAUACAAUUCAAUGGUACAACAAGAGUGUUGAAAAUGGAAUGUCUCCUACCAAAAUAAAAAGGAAAAUAAAAUUUCUCCUUAUUGACGAACAAUUAAAUUUACUAGUGUUGUUUUGGAAAUUAGGUUUCUUGUCUACACCAAAAACUUUUGAAGGUUGAUCUGAACAUUUAUUAACAUUUUUUUUUGACGUCAUUUAAUUUAGAAAUAUAUGAUCAUAACUUUUAUAAGACAGUGUAAAAUAGUUUUAUUUUGUCAAGGUUUACUAGAGCACAUCAUAUUUUACGGACUUUUGACCCAUUAAACUUUCAUCGUACAUCUCAAAUUUUUUUUAAUGACACUUUAGUUGCAUUCAUUUAUUCUGUACAGGGUGUUCAGUAAGUUAGGAAACAGUUAAAUUGUUACAAACAAUGAGUACAAUAGAAAUUCGUUU